AUGCCACUUUUUAGCUGGAUGAAGUGGUCAAAAAGAGAAUCCCAUAAAUCCACACACCAUCCAGGUUCAGAUACAGUAACAAAGACUCUACUUCGAGAACUCACAUGGCACCUAAAAGAACGUGAGAGAUUAAUACAAGAGAUUGAAAAUGAACAAAAAGUGAAAAAAACUGGUGUGGAUUACAACUGGCUAAAAAACUACCAAAAUCCCCAAGCAACCAUCCCAGCUACUGAACAAAGACAGCUUGAAGCUCUCUGCUCACAAGUUCAACCUUGCCAGACUGGAACUAUUCUCAGCAGAUUUCGAGAAGUUUUAGCAGAAAAUGAUGUUUUGCCAUGGGAAAUAGUCUACAUCUUCAAGCAAGUGCUGAGAGAUUUUCUAACCAAUGCAGAAAAACAAAGUCAACAAGAGGAACGAGAAGACACAGAGAAUACAAACCGCUCUGUCCACUUUGGAGUUCUAGGUGAAAGUACCAAGAAUUCAGAUAAAGAAGAAAUUCCCACUAUUUCAAGUUACAUUGAUAAAAAUACAAAAAAUAUGUUCCCUACAUUCUCACAGAGAAUAUGGAAUCUUCCAUAUUACUAG